AUGAAUAUCUAUCUAUCUAUUGUCUGUCUGUCCUGUAUUCAUUUUCUACCUGAAUACGUUGUUUUUCUAUCUCCUAUCUAUCUAUCUAUCUAUCUAUCUAUCUAUCUGUCCUGUAUUCAUUUUCUACCUGAAUACGUUGUUUUCUAUCUCCCUGUCGGUCUAUCUAUCUAUCUAUCUAUCUAUCUAUCUAUCUAUCUAUCUAUCUAUCUAUCUAUCUGUCUGUCUGUCUGUCCUGUAUUCAUUUUCUACCUGAAUACGUUGUUUUCUAUCUAUCUAUCUAUCUAUCUAUCUAUCUAUCUAUCUAUCUAUCUGUCUGUCCAUACGUGUCUAUCUAUCAUUUCAUUCAUUUCUGUCAGUUCAUUCGUUUCUACCUUCCUAUCAGUCCAUUCGUUUCUAUCUAUGUAUCUAUUCAUUUCUGUCUAUCAGUUCAUUCGUUUCUACGUUUCUAUCUAUCUAUUAGUACAUUCAUUUCUCUUUCUCUAUCAGUUCAUUAGUUUCUAUCUAUCUAUCUAUCUAUCUAUCUAUCUAUCUAUCUAUCAGUUCAUUCGUUUCUAUCUAUCUAUAUAUCUAUUCUUCAUUCGUUUCUAUCUAUCUAUCUAUCUAUCUAUCUAUCUAUCUAUCUAUCUAUCACUUCACACACAAAGCAACACUUCUACUCUCCACUCUCUUAUUCACCAUUAUCUGUUCUUUUUCAGCGGAUCGAUACCAUUUUCAGUUCACCAGAUGGAUAAGAAGCGACACGUCCUGUCGCCCAUCCACCCAUUCGCGCCCUCCAUACAACUGGGUAAGCAUAUAAUGUUUGUCUUUUCUUCUUAUUGUUUACCAACUUCCUUCGUCGUCCAAGUGCAGCUGACGAGAAUUAUGAACAUAGCAAACCUGUUACCCUGGCAACACCUCGACACACAACGUGGAUCUCAGGGCCGACAAUAA